ACAUGUAUGAUAGAUAUUUGCUCUGAUUCUCUCUCUCCUCGCUGGCUUAGGUAUUCACUGUUCACCCUGCUUAGGUUUUGGGUUGGCUUGCAUCAGCACUGGUGUUAUCCUCUUCAUCCUCAAUACCAUUAUCAACAGAUUCACAUGCCACAGACCGAGCAAAAGCAAACCCUGAUUGGUCUCUGAGCUCUUGGAGGGUCCGUCCUCACUUACAAGCAAAACUUGACGAAAAACCCAGAACCAUGGCCUCGACCUCUACCAACUUAUGGGUGUUGCUGGGCUUGGGGUUAGCAGGAAUCAUUCUCAUGACCAGAAGAUUGAAGAAGGUCGUCAAAGAAGAUUUCGGUGCAUUCAUUGAGAGGCUGCAGCUUCUGCCACCUCCUCAGCCUGCUCCUCCCAAAGCUCCGCACCCCUUGACGGGCCUCACUUUUGCCGUCCCAGAUGUAUUUGAUAUCGAUGGAUGUGUAACUGGGUUUGGCAAUCCAGACUGGGUGAAGACCCAUGAGGCUGCAACUCGGACAUCUCCUGUGGUUUCAUCUCUUGUAGAAGGGGGAGCUACUUGUGUUGGGAAAACAGUUGUGGAUGAUAUGGCAUAUGGUAUUAGCGGAGAAAACAAACAUUAUGAUACACCCACCAAUCCUGCAGCUCCAGCACGGGUGCCAGGAGGGGCUUCCAGCGGAUCUGCUGCUGCGGUCUCUGGUAAACUAGUUGACUUCUCUUUGGGUAUUGAUACUGCUGGAGGUGUUAGAGUACCUGCUGGGUUUUGUGGCAUAAUAGGUUUUCGACCCUCAUAUGGGGCCAUUUCUCACAUGGGUGUCACUCCUGUUUCACCAAGCCUUGAUACUAUUGGAUGGUUUGCUAAAGAUCCUAGUGUUUUAUGCCGAGUUGGUCAUGUGCUGCUGCAACUUCCAUAUGCAGAUCAAUGGAUGCCAAGGCAAGUUAUAAUAGCUGACGACUGUUUUCAACUACUAAAAAUUCCUUCAAACCGGGUUGCUCAAGUGGUUAUCAAAUCUACCGAGAAGCUGUUUGGAAGACAGGUACUAAAGCAUAUGAACCUUGGGGAGUAUUUGGGUUCAAAAGUUCCAAGCUUGAAUAUGUUUCAUGACAAGAACAAAACUGGUGAACUAAAAACGUCUUCCUUAAGAUCACUUGCAAGUUCCAUGCAGUUCCUUCAAAGGUAUGAAUUCAAAUAUAAUCAUGGGGAAUGGAUCAACUCCACCAAGCCAGUUCUGGAUUCAGUUGUAUCAGCACAAUUACAGGAAGCAUUUGAGUGCACAGAUUCAAAGUUAGACAAUUGCCAAUUAAUAAGGAAUGAAACACGCUCUGCUCUCAGCUCACUUUUGAAGGAUGAGGGGAUCCUUGUGAUUCCUACAGUUGCUGAUCCUCCUCCAAAACUCGGUGCAAAAGAGAUUUUAUCUGAAGAGUACCAGAUCCGUGCUUUUAGCUUGUUGAGUAUUGCUAGCAUAUCGGGUUGCUGCCAGGUGUCCUUACCACUAGGAUUCUAUGACAAGUAUCCCAUCUCAGUUUCCUUUAUAGCAAGGAAUGGUGGUGAUCGCUUUUUACUGGAUACUGUACAAACUAUGUUCGCUUGUCUUCAGGAGCAGGCAGAUAUAGCUGCAAAUUCCAAAGUUUCAGCUAAUGCCAUCAGCAAGGAAGAUUCUGCUGAGAUUGCUAAAGAAAAGGGCAAUGCUGCUUUCAAAGAUAAACAGUGGCAGAAGGCUAUCAGCUUCUAUACAGAAGCAAUCAAACUUAGUAGCAAAAAUGCAACCUACUACAGUAACAGGGCUGCUGCAUAUCUGGAAAUUGGGAGCUAUCACCAAGCUGAGGCAGAUUGCAGCACAGCCAUUAAUCUUGAUAAAAAGAAUGUAAAAGCUUAUUUAAGAAGAGGAACAGCACGGGAGAUGCUUGGUUAUUACAAGGAGGCCAUUGAAGAUUUCAGAUAUGCACUUGUUCUAGAGCCUACCAAUAAGAGAGCAUCCCUCUCCGCUGAAAGAUUGAGAAAAUUGUUUCAAUAAACACUUGAAAUUGUUUUAGAGAAGAAUUUUCUUAGAGGCUUGGUUUCUGAACUGAAUAUCUGCUUCGGCCUUUAAGCAACUUCAACUGCUUCACCCUUCAAGAAGCCCUUUCAAAAGCCUAAUGGAAGAUUUUGUUCCUUGCCCAUCCAAGCAAAUUUAUGAAGGAAUUAGAUGUAUACGCAUGCUUCAUCCUGUUAGUGACUUGAGCAGCUCUAGUUUCUUGUUUCUAGGUUUUGUAAGUAUCAUGCAAUUUUGUCUUUUAUGCUCAAUUUUGUUUUUUCCUGGAGAGUGUAUUCAAGCGUUCAACCUAAUUUAAGUUUUGAUUGAUUCAAACGCUGUCUGAGAAGCAGUGUAAUUCUGAAAUUUUGUUUGCACUGAUAGAAAUAGAACCAAAAGCGCUUGGUUUCGGAGAAAAUUA